UAAAACAAAAUGGUGGACGGUCAGAGGGAUUACUGCUAUUGGGUUUGCAUUGGUUUUAACCUAAAACCCGAAGUUAUAUUCCGAUUAUCAAGAUGUACUUUGAAAUUUUAAAUAAUUAAUCAAUAAUGCCUUGGUUCUGGGAAGGCUUUGGGUUUUUCUCCGUAUUCAAAAAGAUUAUUCAUAUACUCCCAUAUCUCAUGCUGGCUUCCGUUUGUCUCGUUUGUGAUUGGCUGAUAACCGUGCCGAUAAUCCACAAUACAGACCCGAGUAGAGCAUUAAUGGAUAACUUGGCUCAUGGUUUCAUCGCUGGUAUUAGCUGGCUUAUCGUUGUUGGCAUUUCAAGAGAAGGAAUCAUUCAGUCACUCGGAUGCUCUGUACUGUCAUGUGCGAUUGAUGUCGACCAUUUCUUCCUCGCACGUUCAUGGAACUUGAAGGAUGCGUUGUCCCUUACUCACCGUCCCCCACUUCAUACAACAACUAUAAUCCUGCUUCUGGUGCCUUUACUGCAAACAUGGUGUGCUCAACAUGUGGUUUGUCUACACCUUCUUCCAUACAUGUUUACUAUCUCUGUACUGUCACAUCAUUUGCGGGAUGCUCAAAGGCGGGGAUUGUGGUUCUGGCCAAUAGGUAGUACCCCUUCCUUACCUUGCUGGCUCUAUGUAACCUGUGUCAUGCUUUUACCAUUUGUGUUAAAAAUUGUGAUCAAAGCUGUCGAGAGCCUACCUGACAAUGAAGAGCUAAAGAAAUCACCAGUGCCUAUAUGAUUACUCAUCUAAGGUCAGUAUUUUUUUUAAAGUAAUAUAUGAAAAACGAGUGCGUGUUUCAUCAGGGAUUCCAAACACCGAGAGAGAUGAAAACACGAGGCUGUCUGCGGCCGAGUGCUUUUAUCGUUUCGAGGUGUUUCCUGAUGAAACACGAAGCACAAGUUUUUUAUAUGGCUUUUGAAAGUUACAUCAAAGAAUGUCACGAUGUAAUCACAAUUUUGCCCCAAUUGUAAAAGGCGGCAUGAACGGAACGCAAAACUGCUUUUCAAACUAUCGACCUAACAAUGCCGAGAAGUUUGUGUCCAAUCACAACCUGCUUUUUCUCAAGAAAAAUACAAUAAGUACAUUUCGUUAUUUGUUAUGUGACGCAAGCUCAUUCAUUCACGAGAGAAGCUUGAGCUAUGGCCAAAGGUUUAGGGGCCAACCGUUUUCAUUCUCCCAAGUGCUGAGAGGACAAAAAGACAUUGAUUAAAGCCAGAACCCAAAGUCUACAAUGUACAGGAGUACAGGUUAGCAAAGUUCCCAAUCUAUUAGGGCCAGAAAGUAAAGUUUCUGAGAAGGAAUAAACUGUCAAUAUUCAGAGUUUGGAGUCGGAGUUUAAUUUAAGUAGACCAAGGCUUUAGUUCAAUUUUACACUCUGCAUCAUUCAUUUUCAAAUUGUGAGGUUAACAUAAUUGUAAACGAUAAAAAGGAGGACUACCUCGGAAUGAUUUGGUUUCCUUGAUUUAACCAAAUUCCCAACUGUGUAAUUAAGAUUAUGAUAAAUAAAGUUGUCAUUGAUGUUAUUGUUCUAUAUGGGUCACAUGCAUGGAUCUUGAUAUCCAAUGAGAACCCAGAUGUCACUAGUGAUGUUCAUCUGGGUUCACAUCGGGUAUUAAGACCCAUGCAUGUGACCCAUAUCCUCUCCACUUAUUGGCUAAUGCCUGCAUGAAUAAUUAAUAAGUUUAAGAAUAGCAUAUCAUAACAUAAUUUGUUAGAAUAUUCCUAUAAAAAUGUUUGAUCAUCAAAUCUUUAGAAAAAUAAAUCCUGUAUAAAGUUUUAAAAUCAGUAAAAUCAGUUAAAUGCAGGUUUACAAAAGUGACAAGAAAUGACAAGUUAUUUUGUGGGAUACAAA